AUGGCUCGGCUCCCUGUUGGCAUUCGCUUCCUCAUCUCAUUCUCAAGGGAUCAAUGGUACAGAGCCUUCACUUUUUUCUUGACAUUUUUGCUGUAUGCAAGUUUUCACUUAUCUAGAAAGCCUAUCAGCAUAGUUAAGGGUGAGCUCCACAAAGAUUGUGCUGCUGUGACCGAGGAUGAAGACCAGUUCAAUAGUCCAAGCAAGCAAACUGGCUACCUACCCAGUAAUGGGACUGACUGCGGCUGGGCGCCAUUUGAUAAGGACAACUACCAGCAGCUGCUUGGAGCCUUGGAUUACUCCUUCCUGUGCGCUUAUGCGGUUGGCAUGUACCUGAGUGGGAUAAUAGGGGAGCGCUUGCCAAUUAGGUAUUAUCUGACCUUUGGGAUGCUCGCCAGUGGGGCCUUCACCGCCUUGUUUGGCCUGGGAUAUUUCUAUGAUAUUCACAGUUUUGGAUUCUACGUGGUAACUCAGAUCAUCAACGGCCUUGUGCAGACCACCGGCUGGCCCAGCGUGGUUGCCUGUCUUGGCAAUUGGUUUGGCAAAGGAAGGCGAGGUUUGAUUAUGGGUAUCUGGAAUUCCCACACCUCUGUAGGCAACAUUUUGGGGUCCUUGAUUGCCGGCUACUGGGUAUCUACAUGCUGGGGCCUGUCCUUCAUCGUGCCUGGAGCCAUCGUGGCAGCCAUGGGACUAGUGUGCUUUCUCUUUCUCAUUGAACAUCCGAAAGACAUCAAGUGCUCAUCCACACUGUCAAGGCAUUCCAAAGGCUAUGAGAAUGGUACAAACCGAUUUAGACUCCAAAAGCAAAUCCUCAACAAUGAAAAGAACACAGCUCCGGACCCAGAGACACAGUGCUUGCUGUUGUCUGAUGGGAGCGGCUCCGCCCAUCCCAACCACUUCAUCAUCCUCCCAGCGGAAGGUGGGAGUGCCAUGCCGGCCAUCAGCUUCACAGGAGCCUUGAGAAUUCCAGGUGUAAUAGAGUUCUCUCUGUGUUUGCUAUUUGCCAAGUUGGUCAGCUACACGUUCCUGUUUUGGCUUCCACUGUACAUCACGAAUGUGGACCACCUGGAUGCCCAGAAGGCGGGGGAGCUCUCCACCUUGUUUGAUGUGGGUGGAAUCUUCGGUGGGAUCCUGGCAGGCCUGGUUUCAGACCGCCUGGAGAAGAGGGCCUCCACCUGUGGCCUGAUGCUGCUGCUCGCAGCCCCAACGCUCUACAUCUUCUCCACCAUCAGUAAAAUGGGUCUAGAGGCCACCAUAGCGAUGUUGCUGCUCAGUGGGGUCCUCGUCAGUGGGCCGUACGCCCUGAUCACCACCGCCGUCUCUGCAGACCUGGGGACACAUAAAAGUCUGAAAGGAAACGCCCAUGCCCUUGCCACCGUGACUGCCAUCAUCGAUGGAACCGGGUCUGUAGGAGCAGCUCUGGGCCCUUUGCUGGCUGGACUCAUCUCUCCUUCUGGAUGGAACAAUGUAUUUUACAUGUUGAUGUUCGCAGAUGCCUGUGCCUUAUUGUGCCUGAUCCGCCUCAUCCACAAGGAGCUGCGCUGCACCGGGACAUCAAGGGGGGAUCAAGUUCCGAGGAAAUUAGAGGUGCAGGUUCAUACCCAAAUCAUCAAUCUGGACAAUGAGCCAAAUGGGCUUAGGCACACAGAGGAGCAGGCAGAGGUGAAAUACUGGGAUUUGGCCUCGGGGGCCCUGUGCCUUGGGGACCGGGCUGAGGGUGGGUUGGGUCUCAGGGGUACUGGUCCUCAGCAACCGGGCUAUGCGGGUGGGUUGGGCCUCAGGGGCCCUGGACCUCGGCGACCGGGCUACAUGGCGGGUUGGGCCUUGAGGACCCUGGACCUCGGCAGUGACCGGGCUGUGGGCCGCCUGGGCCUCUUGGCAGGGGAUGUUGACCACAAAAUCCGUUCUGUCAUCACAACCCUGAGAAACCCCUUUAUAUUGGAUUAA